AAGUGCGUGCCGCCGUUAGUGUUCUGGUAACUCGGGGCGGGGAGAAGAUGGCGCUUCGGCUGCUGGUGGCGGUGAAGCGGGUCAUUGACUAUGCGGUGAAGAUCCGUGUGAAGCCCGACCACUCUGGGGUGGUGACAGAAGGAGUCAAACACUCAAUGAACCCGUUCUGUGAGAUUGCGGUGGAGGAAGCUGUCAGGAUGAAAGAGAAGAAACAAGCGGCUGAGCUGAUCGUUGUGAGCUGUGGCCCAAUGCAGUGUCAGGAAACCCUGCGGACAGCCCUGGCUAUGGGAGCAGACCGGGGGAUCCAUGUGGAGGUGACGGGUCAGGAUUACGAGUGCCUGGGGCCCCUCCAGGUCUCCAAAGUGGUGGCAGCUCUGGCGAAGAAGGAGAAGGUGGACCUCAUUCUGAUGGGCAAGCAGGCAAUCGAUGAUGACUGUAACCAGACUGGCCAGAUGACAGCCGCUCUCCUCGAUUGGCCACAGGGCACAUUUGCAUCGGAGGUGAAGGUGGAGGAUGGGCAACUGGAGGUGGUGAGGGAGGUGGAUGGGGGACUGGAGACAGUGUCCCUCCAGCUGCCUGCUGUGCUCACGUCAGACCUCCGACUCAAUGAGCCGAGAUACGCCACACUGCCCAACAUCAUGAAAGCCAAGAAGAAGAAAAUCGACAAGCUGACUCUGCAGGAACUGGGUGUGGGGACUGCAGGGAAGCUGGAGACUCUCAGCAUCGAGGAGCCCCCACAACGAACAGCCGGUGCCAAGGUAGAGUCCGUGGAACAACUCAUCGAGAAGCUCAGGGAGCUCGGCCGGAUAUAAGGACUCUGAUCAGUUAUUUGGGAAACCCAAAACUCACUGCUGUGACAUGGAUCCUCCCUCUGUGGAACAAUCCCAACGGCCUGACACCCUGCUGCAGCUGCAUUAAUCCUGGAUAAUUGUGAAGUGUGACCUGGGAAAUGUCACAAGAUGAACUUUAAUAAAUAUAAUUUCUACAUAA